AUGUCAUGUCCAUCAUCAAACAGCAUCAGGUACAAUGGGAGCCACUGCACAUGCGCAGUUGGGUAUUUGCUAAAUCAGACCACCGACACCUGCGUCCUCUUUACAGCGGAUUCCACCAUAUCCACCGACUCCGGCAUCAGCACCGACGUCCUCAGCUUCUUCCCGGAGACCAUCUUCUCCUUUGACUCCAUUAAGAAGUUCACGCAAUCCCAAGCCGUCUUCUUGGAAGCCACGCUUGUGUUUCUGCUGUCUUGGCUUUUCUUUUGCUUCUUUCUAAGGUUUAUGAAACUUGGCGACGAUGGCAGGAGCAUUUGGUUCAGGCUUAGAUGGUGGAUUAGUAGAUUGGAUGUUUGCUUUUCCACUAGGCAUUGGCUGGAUGAUCAAAAGGUAGUUAAGAAACGGAAGACGGAACUUGGUGGAACCUUCUCAAUAGCAAGUUGGAUUCUCUUCAUUGGUUUGUUUGCUGCGUUGCUCUACCAAAUCAUAACAAAGAGAACUAUUGAGGUACAUAAUGUCCGAGCAACAAAUGCACCCGACUUGGCCUCCUUCAACAAUGAUAUGGAAUUUAACAUAACCACUAUUUCUAGUAUGAGCUGUUCAAACUUACGUGAUCUUGCCACUUUAGUUACUGGAAAUCCUGGCUCCAUUGACUUCAGAGUGGCUCCUCUGUCAAAAUUUGGGAACUACUCAUGUCAAAAUACGAGUAGAGGACCAAUGAUAACUCUGAGGUGCAACAAUUGUCAACCAAUUCAAGACAGUUUGUACAUCUCGUGGCAAUUCAUUGAUCUUCCUAAUAAUCCUGCUGCUGCUGUUGGAUUUCAGUUCAAUCUGAGUACAAGGAGUCAUGCUAAUAAAAAACAUGUUAGUUUUGUUAGUGGAACCCUAAAGAAUGGAAGCACUUUUGAUGAUAGACCAGUUACAUUCAGAGGGAAUAUGACAAACAUUUUAAAAUUCAGUUUAUUCCCACGGAUAUACCAUAAUCUGCAUGGUUUAAAGCACAUCCAACCUCUGUUUCAUGACUUUGUUCCUGGUUCAUUUUUCCGUGAAACAAAUCAGCUCCGAACAUCCCUUGAAAGUUCUAACGACGGAAUACUCAACACUACAUUGUAUGUCAACUUUCUCUCUGCCUACAUUGUGGAGAUAGAUAACCGGAACAUUAUGGGUCCUGUGAGCUUCCUUGCGGAUCUUGGUGGCCUGUAUUGCAUCUGUAUUGGCAUUUUUUUCUACUUUCUGGUGCAAUGUGAGUUUAGGAUUAAAAAACUCCGCAAUGAAGAUAGUGUAUUGCGCAAGAUCCGAAAUCGACGAAAAGCUCAAGAACACUGGGAUAAAUUGAGGAAAUAUGUGAUGUACACAUGGGGCUGCAAGGCAUUGAAUGAGAGCGAAAAAAAGGGAUCUGGUUGCAUUGGUUUCAAUAUACAAUCAGUUCAUCGAAAUGGAUCAUCACACAAGCAAAGGCAACAAGAAAAGGAUACUAUUAGUUUCAAUAGGAAGCUCAGCUUACCUAACAAGAAGACUGCAGUUCAAGAGUGCUCCCACACUGUUGGGGGGGUGAGAUCAUUUACACCUGGAACUUCACUGAACCCUGUAGAAAGUUCAUCACAUUCGGCAGUUGAACCUCCUCUGCAAAUUGAAUUGCUUGGCUCUACAAAGGAUGGAAAACACAAAUGUGUUUGUUUGUGCAAAGAAGAUUCCUCCCUGCCUAAAGCUUUAACUCUGACAAAUGACGAUAUUAUUCCUCCACCAGCUUCACUAGAAUUGAAGGAUGCUUCUGAAAUGGAUAUGUCUGAUGUUCAGAAGAAUCUUAGAAGCUUGUACGAGUACAAUGUUAUGCUUAGGGAAAAGUUAAUAGCUACUCAGUCUUUGUUCCAUUCUUUACCUACAAAUUCCGCAUCCUCAGUAGCAGAAGGCGAAACGUAG